CUUCUGCCGCCGUAACCUCACCUCCCGGCCCUUGUCGCCGCAAGUCCGCAACCUCACCAUCCUUCGAAUCCCAUACGAAUCCCUAGCCCGCAACCCGCCGGGCGACGAGCGGCGGAGCCCGCAGCCAACAUGGACCGGUACCAUAGGGUGGAGCGGGCGCGGAACCAGUCGACCAUCGAAGAGAACGAGAUCCGCAUCACCGCGCAGGGCCUCAUCCGCAACUAUGUCUCAUAUGCUACCUUCCUCCUCCAGGAAAGGAGAAUUAAAGAGAUUGUUUUGAAGGCCAUGGGACAGGCAAUCAGUAAGUCUGUUGCUGUUGCAGAGAUUAUCAAGAAAAGGGCCCCUGAGUUACACCAGGAUACCAACAUCAGCUCUGUCAGCAUCACUGAUGUCUGGGAACCCAUAGAAGAAGGACUUGUCCCAUUGGAGAUGACUCGGCAUGUUUCUAUGAUAUCAAUUACUUUGUCCCCCAGAGAGCUGGACAAGCACACUCCUGGGUACCAAGCUCCAGCAUAUGUUGAACAUCCCAGGCAACAGCAGGUGCCACCACUGCAGCGCCAACCUCGCAGACCAUCAGGACAACAAUUCCAGCAGCUGGAGUAUGAAGAUUCCUAUGCACGGGGUCGAGGAAGAGGGAGGGGCCGUGGGCGUGGAAGGGGUUGGGCUAGAGGUGGCUAUGGUGGAUAUGGAAACAAUCAAGGUGGCUAUAACCAAGGUGGUGGGUAUUACGACAAUCAAGGUGGAUAUGGUGGCUAUGAUGAUCAAGGUGGGUAUGGUGGUGGAUAUGGCUACAACCAAGGCAGAUAUGGAAACUAUCAAGAAAAUGGUGGAUAUAACCGAGGUAGAGGAGGUGGUAUGCGAGGAAGAGGCAAUUGGGGUUACCGUGGAGGCUAUGAAGGAGGCAGGGGUGGUGGCUAUGAAGGAGGCAGGGUCGGCGGCGGCUAUGAAGGUGGCAGGGGUGGUGGCUAUGAAGGAGGCAGGGUCGGCGGCGGCUAUGAAGGUGGCAGGGGUGGUGGUGGUCCUGGUGGAAGGGGAUAUGGUGGCCGAGGAAGGGGUAGAAUGGGUGGCGGCGGACGAGCGAACUAAGUGCAUGCAGACUUCUGGCGUUUCCUUCAAUGCAUGCCUUAUCAAUAUAUCAGGGAAAAUACGAGCAUUUUAUGUUGGAAGCAGUUCAGUUACGUGUGAGGUCUGUUGUUUUUUUCCCUGGGCGCGAGGUUUGGUUGUGAGCAUAAUGCAUAUGCAAGUUUUAUCAUGUAAGUCAUCUUUCAAUUUUCCUGCUGCAGAGGUUGUUUUCCACUUUUUCCCAUGAUCGUUGAUGCUGAGCAUGCUGCCCUAUGUUCAUGCCUGCAGUAUUAACUGAUGGCAACUCUUGCCCUGAGUUAAAAUGUUAAUUCUAUUUGUGC